UUCAAUUCGAUGUUGUCUAACGAGAAGUUAGAGCAUAGGUAUGGUUUAAGUAAAUCGAUGGAAAGUCUUGAUGCUAUUGGCCAUACCAGUGGAAGUGAUGAACCCCUUAUAAAUGAUAAGGAGAAAAAUUAGAGUGAUAGUAGUCCUACUAGCACAGUAAUCUUAUUCUAUAUAUAUAUUAUAUUAUUCUUUUUUUUUCUUCUUCUUUUUUUUAAUUAAACAGGAAUAUACCCUAUUUGAAAUAUAUUAUAAAUAUAUUAUAUUAUUCUUAUGAUAAAUAAUGUCAACUUGCGACAAACGAUCAUGAGAAAAGGCAAGGCACAAUGUCUAGGUCAAGUAGAAAAUUAUUGCAAAACCAAGUAGUAUUAAAAUUAUAUUAUCAGAAAAUUAAACAAAUCAUCUGGGUUAGGUGAUUGACCUAUGGUCGAAAGCGAACGGUUAAUUUCUUGCUGCUUAAUCUAAACCCAUGGAAUCAUCGCUCACAAUGGAAGAAUAAAAAGAAACAGAGGAGUUUCUAAUAAAAGUAGAAAAGAAGAAGCAGCAGCAGAAGCAGCAGCAGCAGCAGCAGCAGAAGAGAAAGAGAAAGAGAAAGAAAUGGAGGGGCUAAGAGGGAUUCCUUCACUACUCGGAUCACGAGGAGAAGAUGGGGAAGAGCACAUAGCCUCUAACAUCACUGAGCUGAUAGGUUGGACGCCACUUAUUGAACUAAAACGGAUCGCGAAUAAGGACGGAAUAAAUGCCCGAGUGAUCGGAAAGUUCGAAUCAUAUCAACCCCUUUCCUCCGUUAAGGACCGAAGUGCUCUCAGAAUGAUAGAAGAUGCAGAGGAGAAAGGGCUUAUCUCACCUGGCGUUACAACGUUGGUUGAGUCCACAAGUGGUAAUCUUGGGAUUGGUCUAAUGUACAUCGCUCUUCAGAAAGGUUACAAGUUUAUUGCAGUUACGUUUGCUAAGCUUUCACUGGACAAGCAGAUUCUGUUGAAAUAUUUGGGUGCCGAAGUGUCAUUAACUGAUCCUGCACUUGGAUUCAAGGGGAUAUUUGAUAGAAUAGAAGAGCUGAAAAAGGAAAUACCUAAUGUUCAUGUUCUCAAUCAGUUCACUAAUCCAGCAAAUCCGGAAGCCCACUUCAGAUGGACUGGGCCUGAGAUAUGGCACGACACGGCAGGCAAAGUGGACAUUUUUGUAGCCGGCGUUGGUUCAGGAGGCACUCUAUCCGGUGCAGGAAAGUAUCUGAAGAUGAAAAAUCCGGAUAUAAAGAUAAUAUGUGUCGAACCUGCAGAGAGUGCGGUAAUUUCAGGUGGUGAACCAGGUUCUCAUAAAAUCCAGGGUAUCGGGGCCGGUUUUAUUCCAGAAAAUGUGGAUACAUCCUGCAUUGAUGAGGUCGUUGCGGUGACCUCAGACGAAGCCAUGGCCAACGCAAGAAGGCUGGCAACGGAAGAAGGAUUGCUUGUCGGGAUAUCUUCAGGCGCGAAUGUAGCGGCUUGCUUAAAGGUAGCAGCUAGAGAAGAAAACAAAGGAAAAAUGAUUGUUACCAUGUUUCCGAGCGGUGGUGAAAGAUACGUAAACUCCGAACUCUUUGCGCAGGUGCGGGAGGAAUGUAUUAAUAUGACCUUUUGAUGUGUGUGUCAUGUGUAAUACCUAUAUCUAUAGUACUCUGCUUCGUUCUGAGGACAAUAAAAUUCUUAGAAGGGGUACCAAGAGUUCUGAUUCUUGCAUUAUUUUUCUGAAAGCAUGUAAUCUACUCUCAUGAAAUUUCUGUGGUGUUAUUGAGCGAGUAAAAUGGAUAUUCAGUAAA